UGUCCUAUAUUUUUUAAUCUAGCUAAUGGUUCAGUUGUUUUUACAAGAGUAAUGAUGAUACCCAUUCAUACUAUUAAUUAAUCGUUAUCUAUACAAUGGUAGUAUUACUAUAGAGGGUCCUAAGUAGGCGCUGUUGUAGAUAAAUUACUCAAGCUUCAUUGGGCUUAACGGGUCCAAGCCGUUAACACAGAGAGGUGAUAAAAUGAAAAAGUCAAACAACUCAAUUGUUUCAAAAAAACACCUGACGUGUGCCUACGUCACCUGUGGGGCGUGGUCUCCCAAGCUGACCCCACGUGUACGGCCCCGGACACCUACAGGACAUCGACUCAUCAUUACAAAGGUGCGAUAUUGUCCCCCAACUGAGUACAUGCCCUUUCACUCACGGACACCCAGUGAGGAGUAUAAUACGUCACAACGAUUCAUUGUCACACAACAUUCCACAACCUUUGACCUCUCCACAUGGACGAAGAUUCUGUUCUUACUUGUUAGUAAUUCUAUUGGAAUAUAAACGUAUAUCAGAGGUCAGUGUUUACCAUAUAGUUAUACAUUAGACAUACUAACUGUGUCUGAUAUUACAACCAACAAACGUGACUGUUAAUAUAAUUCACCAGAAUGUCUAAGUCAGAAUCCCGGGUCCUGCUGCUGGAAAACGACCACCUGGAAAUGGCUACAUCUGACCAAGAAAAGGACGGAUUUUCCUCUGGGUAUGAUUCCGCACAGGAAAUAUCCGAUACAGAAACGAGUAUGGAAAAACCACCGCAACAUUACUUAACAUGUGACCGUACAUGUGAUAGCGAGUCCGAAGACGAGGCUACAGAAGUGAUGAGUUACAAGAGCACCAACGCCCUCUGUGAACAUCUCAAAUACAUCGUUUCCAUGCCAGAGUUGUGUGACGUCACGUUUUUGGUUGGUCCAACCAAGGUUCCGGUUUACGGCGUAAAGGCAAUUCUUGGCACCAGAAGCAGAGUACUGUAUCAACUCAUUCUAAAUCAGCAACAUAAAACGAAUGCAGAAAGAGCGUCAUUCAAAAAGCUACGGAAGUCACAUUCGAAAUCACAUGUCGUGAUCGACGUGAACAAGUACGAGCCAGAGGACUUCCGAAUGUUGAUACAAUUUGUUCAUUGUGGUUCUGUAGACAUCGGAGUCCAUAACGUAGCAGGAUUACUAUGCGGGGCAUAUCAGUUUGGUUUGGAGGACCUCCGAUCAGCCUGCUGGGACUUCGUCCGUCGAUCCCUCGACAACAUCGAUGGACUAGAUACUGCGCAUGCGUUGAUGGCAUCAGCUUUCCGGUAUAACCAACACAAGACAACACGGAAACUCGUCUCUAAGAUCAACAAGUCGCUACAAGAAAUCGAACAAAAGAAAAAGGAAAACAAUCAGCAAACAUCGAAAGGCUCCAAGAGGACAUCAAAGGUGUCUACAACAGUAUAGACGAUGACGGAAAUGACGUCACAGAAAUGAUUACAUGAUAAAAAGUGCUUAAUACAGUGAGGAUUCAAUUAAUUUUGAGUAUAAACAUAUUUAAAUGUAUGAUAGAAGGGGUAAAUUCUCCUUUCCGAAGUGCUGAACAAUCGGAACACGUGCUCACCAAGAAUAUACCAUUUUCGGUAAAUGUCGGAACCCAUAAACUGCAUAUAAUAUGUCUGAUGUGAUUUGUAUUUCACUAUUAGCUAAAUUGUAACAACAUA